AUGAGAGCCUUAUGCGUUGUAUUAGUGGUGCUCCUCGCGAGCAAAGCUGGAAAUGCCCUUGCUGCUGGACGCGACGGACUGCAACAACCACCAGUGGAAGAGACUUUCGGAAGUGUUGACUCCGCUCAAGGCGGUGGUGGAGACAGCGAAAACUCACCUUUUCAAGAGCAGGAUAGGAAGGACGAACAUCAACUCGAAGCUAGCAUAUAUACUUAUGAUGUCGAUUAUGGUGAUGAGUCAUUGCUGGAAAACUUUGAAUUCAAUCCUGAGGAUGUUCCCGGUCAAGUGUGUGAAGAUUUUAAAGGCCUCACUGACGAGGUAGCUACAGUGAUACGACGAGAAAUAGAAGAUGGUACUGUCAAAGCAAAGCUGGAUGACAACGACCGUUGUACUAACAUCAAGAAAGCAGUGAAACUUUUAGAAGAAAUGACAUCGCCGAUAUGGUCCAGUCAUCUAUAUUACGCAGAGUACAAGCUUAAGGGCGAAACAUCGGAUGCAAAAAUUGCUGAACUUCUUUGGUCAAAAGGUGUCAUGUCAGGCGUGCUAAGUGUCGCAGUAGAGCAAGACGUGGAACUGAGAUAUGGAUGCGCUAAGAACCAUGAAAAGGCACUCUGCAUGUUCGCACCCUCUGAGCAAUAUCUGAAAACGUUUGCAGAAGAAGCGGAACUACGUGAAGAAAAGCUGGAGGAGGAAAUUGAUAAGAUAGAGUAUAUGGACGGUAUUCUUUAG